AUGCCCAGCGUGCAGCAGACAAGGGCUCUUCCCUGGAGGAGGCUCCUGCUUCUCCUGGGGCUCCAGCUCCUGGGGACGCACGCCUGGAUUCCCUCCGAGCUAAUCAGGGAUAAAAACCUGGACGACAUGGCGCGGUAUUUCCCAGCCACAAUGGAGUACGCCCUGCACACAUUCAACGUCCACAGCAGAGACACCUUCGCCUACAAGCUGCUGCGAAUCCUGAGCAAAUGGCAGGAAGAGGCAAAUCCUGACUUGGUGUUCUCCAUGGAGCUGGAGCUGAGCCGGACCACGUGUAAGAAAUUUGAGGAGGACAUUGACAACUGUGACUUUCAGAACCCCCCAGGGAACCAUACCAUCAGCUGCUUUUUCACCAUCCGCACUGAGCCCUGGAAAACGGUGUUCACCCUCCUGAACAGCACCUGCGUGAUGGGGAAAAACUGA